AUGAUCACCUCUCCCAGCGCGGCCCAUGUGGGCCAGGCGUUGACUCAGACUCUUCUGAGUAUUGAGAGGCGGCUGGAUGCGCUGGAGCGCUGGGAGGAGAAACGAGAGCGAUGGGAGGAGGAAUUGGAGCGCCGGGUGGAGGUACUGGAGGCACGGGAGCACCGGGUAGCCCAGUUCGAGACCCUGUUCGGCCUGAAUGGCCUCGAACACGACCCGGUCGACGACGAGACUUAUCCCGGCUAA